GUUACCGGCAAAUUCUUCCUGAUCCUACGGUGGAAAAAAAAUCCUUGGAAGGCGGUGGGUCUUCCAGUGAAGAAUCACACUUAUUAACCAAUGUUGGCGUUAGAAAUCCGAAGGUGAGUGCGUGAGUGUGUUUUGAUCUAUCUUAUAAAUUGAAACAAACAAGGCGAAACUUCAAGUCUCAAUGUAUCAUGUUAACUGCCAAAACGAGGCAAAGAUCGACUUUUUUUCCCCUUCCGUUUUCUAAUUUUGGUAAUUUUCAAACUAAGGGGUCAUUCAUCGAUAUAUUUCCACAGUUAAAGGAAGGCAUAGAUGUCCCGCUCAAAAACAGUGAUUUGCAGAAAAUUUCAAGAGCAUGUUCCACAACAUUUCUUCCGCAAGACUUUGCAACAAUGAUUUUGAGUAUUCCCUCGCUGAAAAACGCCUUGAAGUUCCUUCACUUAAAAGAGCUGCAGGAGCAGAGUAAAAGUUUAUGUAAGAGGAAAGAGGAUCCGUCUGUUUUAAGAGUUGGCUCCAAGUGUUACCAGCAACUUGUUUCAUUUAGCUGGGCAAAGUCGCUGACAGAAUGGCAGGAAAGAGCACCUGAUGUGUUAGAUACUUUAUCCGCUAUAGCGGUACCGGACAACCUAUCAAGUUCUCAAAGAGCUGAUGCCAUUAUUCCGCCGUUAUGCACUGCGUGCAGCAUCCUACUAAAUACUAGAAAUGCAGAAUUAAGUCUUGUGCAGAAAAUGGUAUCCGUUGUUCUUGGACUUGGAGGAUGUAACAAAAUGACAUUCCAAAGGUUAAAUAAACUGGGAAUAUGUCAGUCCAGUGACAGCUGGUUAAGAAUCAUGGAUGAUGUUGGUGGGAACCUAGAAAGCAUCAUCAAAGAACUAAUGAAUGAGGGCAAGGAGCCAAGAGUGGUAUAUGAUAACUUUGAUUUCCGCAUUACUCCAGGGCAGCUGACAAAAGAUCAUCAGAACACAGACAACCACUGGAUAUCUCAGUAUGUGACCUUCAAUCGAAUAGAUACGAGUGGCAUGAAUAACAGUCAACCUAUAGGUGAACUUAGUAAAUUUGAAAUAUUUGGUUAUCUGUUAAAUGAGGUAGAGGAGGCUAAGUUAAGAUCUGAUUACAUAAUUCUUGUAACCAGAGUCUUGGUAAAA